AUCACAAGGCAGGCUCCUCCAAGUCUUUCCCCUGUACGUGGGGGGACACAGGUCGCCUACUGCUCUAGUCCAGGACCAGAGACCCCCAACUAUAUAGCAGUGGAAGUAGGCCCUGGUCGGCGACGGCGGGGACGGAAGGCGGAAGCAGAGCGUGAACGGGAGGCGGAGCCGGGAGAGCGGCUCUCGUAGCUCCCCCUGGCCUCAGGCCUUGCGGCUCGAGGGGGAGGAGUUACCGCCGUUCUUCGGCAUCAGAACACACCAUGAUGGCCGUGACCUAAGACCCUCAGGAAGCCCCGGGGUCAUGGCCCAGAAGCACCCCGGAGAAAGUGGGUUGUGCAGAGCCCACCACAGUAGUGGUGCCUCCCUCAGGACUUUAGGACCCUCCGUGGACCCUGAAAUACCUUCAUUCUCAGGACUCAGGGACUACGCAGGGACUGCUCCUAAUGGUACCCACUGCCUCACAGAGCACUCUGGUCCUAAGUACACACGGCACCCAAACCCAGCCCACUGGUCGGACCCAAGCCAUGGCCCCCCAAGGGGUCCAGGACCACCUAGAGAGGCAGAAGACCCUGAUCAGAGUGAGGCAUCUUCAGAAGAGGAGUCAGGAGUGGACCAGGAACUCUCAAAAGAAAACAAGGCUGUGUACCAGGAGGAUGGGAACCCUUCUUUUCUUUCCAUUCCAUCUGCUUGCAACUGCCAGGGAACCCCUGGAAUUCCAGAAGGGCCUUACUCUGAGGGAGGAGAUGGCUCUUCUAGCAACUUUUGCCACCACUGUACCUCUCCAUCCUUCGGGGAAGAUGAAGAGUUGGAAGAGGAAUAUGAUGAUGAAGAAUCUCUUAAGUUCCCCAAUUAUUUUUCACAUGUGUCCAGCGGAAAGAAACCUCCACCCCGGAGACAGCGACACCGCGUUGCAACGAAGGAGGAUAGUCGGGAGGGUCUGCGUAGGGAUCCCAGGUCCCCUGGUCGACAUCGGCUGGGCCGGAAACGAAGUCAGACAGAUAAGCGCAGAGGCCUGGGAUUGUGGGGAGCCGAGGAACUAUGUCAACUUGGACAGGCAGGCUUUUGGUGGCUGAUUGAAUUACUGGUAUUGGUGGGAGAGUACGUAGAAACUUGUGGCCAUCUCAUCUAUGCAUGCAGGCAGCUGAAAAGCAGUGAUUUGGACCUUUUUCGAGUUUGGGUAGGAGUCUGGACAGGGCGGCUCGGGGGCUGGGCCCAGGUCAUGUUUCAAUUUCUAAGCCAGAGGUUUUACUGUGGCUUAAGACUGUUUACCCGUUUUCUUAGGCUGCUGGGUGCUUUGCUGCUCCUGGCUCUGGCCCUCUUUUUGGGCUUUCUACAGUUGGGCUGGCGGUUUCUGGUGGGACUAGGUGACCGGUUAGGCUGGAGGAAUAAGGCCACCUGGCUCUUCUCUUGGCUGGAUUCUCCAGCCUUGCAGCGUUGCUUGACUCUGCUGAGAGAUAGCAGGGCAUGGCAGCAGCUGGUAAGAAUAGUUCAGUGGGGCUGGCUGGAGUUGCCUUGGGUCAAGCAGAGUACUAACAGGCAAGGGAAUGCAUCUGUAGCUAGUGGGCGCUACUGCCAGCCUGAAGAGGAAGUGGCUCGACUCUUGACCAUGGCUGGGGUUCCUGAGGAUGAGCUAAACCCUUUCCAUGUACUGGGGGUUGAGGCCACAGCAUCAGAUGUUGAACUGAAGAAGGCCUAUAGACAGCUGGCAGUGAUGGUUCAUCCUGACAAAAAUCAUCAUCCCCGGGCUGAGGAGGCCUUCAAGGUUUUGCGAGCAGCUUGGGACAUUGUCAGUAAUGCUGAAAAGCGAAAGGAAUAUGAGAUGAAACGAAUGGCAGAGAAUGAACUGAGCCGGUCAGUAAAUGAGUUUCUGUCCAAGCUGCAAGAUGAUCUCAAGGAGGCAAUGAAUACUAUGAUGUGUAGCCGAUGCCAAGGAAAGCAUAGGAGGUUUGAAAUGGACCGGGAACCUAAGAGUGCCAGAUACUGUGCUAAGUGUAAUAGGCUACAUCCUGCUGAGGAAGGAGACUUCUGGGCAGAGUCAAGCAUGUUGGGUCUCAAGAUCACCUACUUUGCAGUGAUGGAUGGAAAGGUGUAUGACAUCACAGAGUGGGCUGGAUGCCAGCGUGUAGGUAUCUCCCCAGAUACCCACAGAGUCCCCUAUCACAUCUCAUUUGGUUCUCGGAUUCCAGGCACCAGUGGGCGGCAGAGAGCUACCCCAGAUGCUCCUCCUGCUGAUCUUCAGGAUUUCUUGAGCCGGAUAUUUCAAGUACCCCCAGGGCAGAUGCCCAAUGGGAACUUCUUUGCGGCUCCUCAGCCUGCCCCUGGAGCCAGUGCAGCCUCUAAGCCCAACAGCACAGUACCCAAGGGAGAAGCCAAAACGAAGCGGCGGAAGAAAGUGAGGAGGCCCUUCCAACGCUGAUACCCCUUCUCUUUCCUCAGAUCAAUGUCAGGGAGUCAAAAGGAUAUAUACAGCACAGGAUGGAGUUUGAUUUGUCUCUCCUCCCCCAGCACCCAGGAACUGAAUCUUUUUUUUUUUUUUUUUGAGAUGGAGUCUUGCUUUGUUGCCCAGCUGGAAUGCAGUGGCACAAUCUGAAGAAGCUCACUGCAACUUCCGUCUCCUGGGUUCAAGCAAUUGUCCCAUCUCAGCCUCCCGAGUAGCUAGGAUUAUAGGCACGCACCCCAUGCCUGGCCAGGCUAAUUUUUUUUUUUUUUUUUGUAUUUUCAGUAGAGAUGGUGUUUUACCAUGUUGCCCAGGCUGGUCUCGAACUCCUGAGCUCAGGUGAUCCACUCGUCUUGGCUUCCCAAAGUGCAAGAUUACAGGCAUGAGCUACCACGCCCGGCCUGAAUCUUGUCUUUUGACAAUACCAAAGAAAUAGUGGGUAGCUAGAGUAAAGAACCUAGGGCCUGGACCUGGGCUGGACAAUGUAUCCCUUUGAGGUGUGGGAACUGGGUAUUUCCCUGGGGUCUGUAUGCCUUCGUCUUGUCAUUUGCUUUUAGAGCAGACGACACUUUUUCCUGCCCUUUAAAGGUACAAGUCUAUCUUCUUUCCUGACCCGUUUCAGGAGGGAGUCCUCUCCUUUUCCCUGAUAUAAUAGUUAAAAGACAGAACAAGAAAGCAUGUAGCCCUAAUGAUAAGAGAUACAUAAGAGUUCAGAGAGUGGAAACUGAAUUUUCCCUCGACUUUCACUUUGUGGGUAAAUCACCCAAUUUCAAGCUGUUUUCUGCAAGGAUGGCCAAAAUUAAUCAUUUUUAAAAAGUAGAUUCAUGCCCACUGCCCUUGGGUGAGGGGGAAGGAUGGGGGGUUCCCAGAAGCCCCCUUGUGAUCCAAGGAUUUGUAUUUUUUUUUAAGUUUGUUCAUAUUUGUAUGUACAUAUCUAUUUAAAGCCAGGGAUUAUCUUUCUAUAAAUGUAUAACUGGCAACCUGUAUCUUCCCUCUUUUUUGCCCAUACAGCUAGAGCCCUUUUUCUCAUUUGAGAAUCUGAUCCCUACUAAGUUUAAGCCUAGAGUGAAGAGCACCUCUUACUGGACCAAAGUAGAGGGGAUUGGAGAAUUGCUUUAAGUUUUUUACAUUAGGACUACAUUAGGCAUUCCAUCUUUCCCCGCCCCCGCCCCCGCCAGCCUUAUGAGGACAAGCUCUCUACCAUUCCUGCUGAUUAAACUGCAGCCAUAGCUGAAAAAAA